AGGUGUAAAAAAAACACAGCCUGUGUUUCAGUUGGGAGUUUGAAAUGGUUGCGUGAAGAAGAAGAGUGGUAUCUCUGCGUUUUCUUGAUAAAAAUAAAAACAGUGAUAAUCAUGGGAAGGAAAGACAGCAGCCAAGCGCAGAGGGAGAAACAGAGAGUUCAAUCCGUGGUUGAGCUUCUGAAGAAACAAGCCCCCCCACUCACCAUCAAACAGGAGAAGUUCUGCAACAAUGCUUGCGUUGAGAGAUUUUUGAAGGCGAAAGGAGAUCAUGUGAAGAAAGCGGCUAAGCAGAUUAGAGCUUGUCUUGCUUGGAGAGACUCCAUUGGAACUGAUAAUUUGAUGGCUGAUGAGUUCUCUGCUGAGCUCGCUGAGGGAGUAGCUUAUGUUGCUGGCAACGACGAUGAAUUAAGACCUGUUGUGAUAUUUCGAAUCAAGCAGGAUUACCAGAAAUUCCAUUCUCAAAAACUGUUUACCAGGUUGCUAGUGUUCACACUAGAAGUUGCAAUUCAAACUAUGGCAAAAAAUGUUGACCAAUUUGUUAUCCUCUUUGAUGCCAGCUUUUUCAGGUCAGCCUCUUCUUUUAUGAACAUGUUACUAGCAACAUUAAAGAUUCUUGGUGAUCAAUAUCCUGGCCGCCUUCACAAGGCAUUUGUUAUUGAUCCUCCUUCUCUGUUUUCCUAUCUUUGGAAGGGUGUGAAGCCGUUCGUCGAGUUGUCAUCGUCGGCCGCGAUAGUGUCGUCCAUCGACUUUGAGGAAUCGAUCGAAUUCAACGACUUGAGUUGCUACCCACGCGCUGCCUCCCUCCGGUUCGAUCCCUCGACCGCGGCCAAGCUCGGCUCGUGCUCCUCCUCUCGAUUCUCGUUCACCGUCUCGCACCAUCUCGACUCGUUGAAGCCUUGGUACCUAUCUUUCGGGGACACGUCUGUGUCCAAGGUGGGCCCUGCAAACCACCCCGUUGCAUUCUCGGGUCCCGCCAUCUCACCGCUCAACGCUAGGUCGUACUCCUUUGCUUCGCCGGUUGCAAGAGGGCCACACGACAGCUUCGACGUGGGUAGGAAGGGCAUGUUCCCGUCGACGCCAAUGCCGCAAAGGACUCAGAAAUUGGACUUUGACCCGUCCACGAUCCGCCACCCGAGGACUCCGAACCCUUCGUUCCUAAAAUCGCCGGCCCUAUUCUUCCGGAGGGACUCCCAACCGAGCCGGGUUGAGAAGUCUCGUGAUUCAUUCACCCCGUUCGUAAAGUUCUACCGAAGGCCUUAUGAUGAGAUGAUCUACAGAUCGAAGAUGAGGCCCCCUCUUGGCGGCCUCAUCUCGAUCGUUUCGCCUCAACUAAGACGCAACCGACACAUCUCGAUGUCGCAAAGGUUUUGAAGUUUCUAUAAAGGAAAAUAGUACAUACUAGAAUCUUCAAUUAACCCCAAAAAGGUGUCUUACAUCAUUUAUUGAAUAUUGUUUUGCCUAAAUCUUGGAAGAUCAAAAGGAAAUGUUAUUGCAUAGUACACUAUUUUUGUGUCAAAA